ACGCACAUACUCUCUCGAUCCAGAGACUGGUGCUCUCCUCAAGAACUCAUGUCCUUCCGCACGGCCGCUGUCUUCCCCGCCGCCCCCGCAUGCUGAGGUUGUCGGCAUCACCUCAAUAUCAAACCCCCUGCGCUCCUCCGGGGAAACCUUUGGCCCUCCACCAUCGAGGCGCAGUAUCGUCUUCGAUUCUACCUCGAUACCCGUGGACUCUUCGUGUUUCCAAGCCACCAUGGGUAGUGCCCUGUCUCCCACUGCACAACUCAAGCUGGAGGCAUUCGAGCCCCCAGCCUCGGUGGUCGCGCCUCAAAGCACGAGCAGUUCGACGGAGACGACCAUCUUCGCUCUUGACACCAUUCAUGAAGUACCCGAGAUUACGCCGCAUGUGCACAAAGCUGGCACCAGGGCUAAGGAGAGGAGGAAGGUGUCGGGCUCAAGAGGUUUCGUCAUGCCGGCCUUGCCUCCGUUACCGCCCAUGCCAGUGGCGACCGUUGGUAGUCUCCCGGCGUGCUCUGCUGCACCCGCCUCGGGGCGUCGUCCCACAACCACACGUGUCAACAGUAUGCGACGCAGCGUCAAUGUCUCCAAGAGCCGCCCAAAGGCCAGAUCACUCAAGUUGCCUGAUCUCGUGGAUGACGUUCUUAUCAUCAUCCUCAAGUGUUCAACCGAGAAUGGCGACGCCACCGCUAUUGCUCGCUUGGCAGUAACAUCUCGAAGACUGCACGAACGCAUGAAGGAAUGCUUGUGGGAGACUCCUCAGCUGACCCCAGAACCCCUGCUUCAACUCCGUUUGGCAACAUCUCAUCGGUCACGAGCUCGCCUUC